CCCUCCAUUGUUGGGCGCUGACCUUCGGCAAGUUCGGCAUGAGCAAGAGAGGCAAGUACGCCACCCUGAACCUGGAGGCCAAGAUGAAGGUCCUGAGCCGUAUCGAGGACGGCCAGUCCGUCAAGAGCGUCAUGGACGAGUUUGGGAUCGCCAAGUCGACCUUCUACGACAUCAAGAAGAACAAGCAGUCCAUCCUGGACUUCGUGUCCAAGCAGGACAGGCCCCUGGCGGUGGCGGAGAAGCGGAAGCGGACCACCGGGGCCAAGUUCGGGGACGUGGAGGAGGCCGUGCUGGCCUGGUACCGGCGCCAGCGGGCGGCCGGCCUGCCCGUCCGGGGCGUCGAGCUGCAGGCGGCGGCCGAGCGCUGCGCCCGACGCCUCGGACGGACGGACUUCAAGGCCAGCACCGGCUGGCUCUUCCGCUUCCGCAACCGGCACGCCAUCGGGGGCCGGAGGGGGACCGGGGAGGGGGCCGGCCCGGACCCCCGGGCCGUGGAGCGGUUCCCGCGGAAGCUGGCCCUCCUCGUCAAGCACGAGCAGCUGCUCCUGGCGCAGGUCUACGACGGCGACGAGACCGGCCUCUCCUGGAAGGCCCCGCCGGGCAACACGCGGGCCGGCCGCCGGGACGUCCGCUCGCCCCGCGGGACGCGGAACCGGGAGCGGCUCUCGGCCUUCCUGUGCGCCAACGCCGACGGGACGCACAAGCUGAAGUCGCUGGUCCUCGGGCCGUCCGAGAAGCCCGUCGCCCUGACCGGGGACCCGGCGGCGGCGCUGCCCGUCAUCUACAAGCGCAGUGCCCCCUGGUUCACCCGGCAGGCCUUCUCCGACUGGUUCUUUCAGAACUUCAUCCCGGAGGUCCGAGCCUUCCAGCUGAACGUCUUGAAGCUGGAGGAGGACGAUGUCAAGGCGCUGCUGCUGCUGGACGAGACGCCCGCGCACCCCACGGCCGAGGAGCUCGCCAGCCCGGACGGCAGGAUCAAGUGCCUGUGCCUCCCCGCCCGCACCGCCCCGCUGAUCCAGCCCAUGGCCCGGGGCGUGAUGCUGAGCUGUAAGCAGCUCUAUCGGCGCAAGCAGAUGGAGGAACGUCUGGUCAUCUGGGAGGAGGGCGACGAAGAGCGGGACACCCGGGGAGAGAAGGCAGUGGCCAAGGCCCAGGCCUACAACAUGAAAAGCGCCAUCUUCAACUGGGCCAAGAGCUGGGAUGAGGUGAAGCCCGUGACGAUCGCUAACGCCUGGAAGAACCUCCUUUACCGGACACAGCCGGAGUUGGAUCUGCAGGGCUUGGACGACGGGGAUUAUAAGGAGGUCCUGGAGCGCUGUGGCGAGCUGGAGGCCAGCCUGCACGACGUCCGGGAGUGGCUCACGGGCGACGAGGAGGACGCGGGCUACCACGACGACCCCCAGCGCGACCCGGCCGGGGAGGGGGUCGUCUGGGACGGCGAAGGGGCCGAAGGAGACGAGGGAGGGCACCGGGCUGCCAGAUUUAAGUUAUCCAAAGUGCGGGAGAACUUGGACUCUCUGCUUGACUUUGUGGACACCACCCUCGAGUUCCAGCGGUUUUAUUUCACUCUGAAAGAGAUGCAGCAGGAAGUGAUCAAGAAGCAGUUCCAGAGGGGGAGUCCGGCGUAGGAGGGGUGGAAGCUACUCAGACCAAGGGUUCAGGAAAUUAAGGGUUCUGUCAAUGUGCCUUCAACUUCUGGGCCCAGCAAUGAUUUCUCAGUCAUCGGAGGACUUCUAAAUUGAGGAUUCAUUGUAUAACUGGGAGAAAUAUCUCUUCUCUGCCCAGGGGCUCUCUUCUUGCCCUCUCUCUCUCUCUCUCUCUGCUUUUUCUUCUCCCAGUCUUAUCUGUUCUGCCUC